CCCCUUUCCCCCUUCGAGAGGAAGGCCCAAUGCCCCUCCCGUGUCGCCAUCUUGCAGCUGUUGCGCCGCGUCGAUUCUUGACUUCCACGCCCCGAAGCCGGCCGUUGCAUGCUCUCUCCCCUUGCGCAGCUCUUCGACAUGCUCCUCCUCCAUCACAGGCUUGGCGAGCAGCCCAGGAGAGGGGCAAGAAGACCAAGGCUACUGUCAAGUUAGACGACCUCCCACAGGGUCUUAUCCCUCUGGAGCCGCUAGCUCUCGAGCCUGACACCCACAAACCCUUUCCCACCGUGGUGCGCCAGGCGCGGAGUAACAUGCAAAGGUUCGAGAAUUGCGUUCUGCUCACUCGAGUCGGUGGUUUCUAUGAGCUGUAUUUCGAGCAUGCCGACGAAUUUGCUCCUCUGUUAAACAUCAAGCGGGCCAUAAGAGUCUUUAGUGCUGGUGAAGUUCCUAUGGCCGGCUUUCCUUUCUUCCAGCUGGAUCGCUAUCUCAAGAUUCUGGUCCAAGAUCUCAACCGAUACGUUGCUAUUGCAGAGGAAUUUCCCAAUGACAAGGGCAACCCAGGGGACUUGAUGCACGAUCGAAGAGUCUCUCGAAUUAUUACUCCAGGAACCCUUAUAGAUGAAAAUUUCAUGGAUCCCUUCACAAAUAAUUAUGUUCUAGCUAUCCACAUAGAAGAUCAUGAGCAGGAAUCAACACACCAGUCUGCUCGGCCGAAUGCAUCCCUUCGCGUUGGCUUGGCAUGGCUGGACCUUUCAACAGGCCAAUUCUUCACUCAAUCCACCGAUCUCUCAGCUCUUCCAUCCUACCUAGCACGCAUCGGACCACGGGAGAUUGUCUUGGGUGAAGAUCUUCAAGCAUCUAAAGAUCAUGGCAUCUUCAAUGUCCUUGCUGAGGAUCGUCAUCUCAUCACAUAUACAAGCCCUUCGGAGGUCCAGAAAGUCUCGGGGUGGUCACCAAUGCUGGAAUCUCCUCUUCCCCCGCGACUGGAGAAUGAAUUCACAAUCGAAGAGAUAGCAGCAGGCAGUUCUUUACUCCAAUAUGUCAAAACUCGGCUUCAAGGCUCGAAUAUGAAGCUUCAGCCACCUACACGACAAUUAGACGUGUUGGGUAUUGACAAGAACACUAUGCGUGCCUUGGAAAUAAAGAAGACCAUGAGAGAAGACAUGGUCACAGGCAGUCUGUUGCAUAUUAUUCGACGGACCGUUACAAAGGGUGGUGCACGGCUGCUUGAUAAUUGGUUAAGUUCACCGUCUACUUCGCUGGAAGUGAUCAACUCCCGGCUCGACUUGGUAACUUUCAUGUUGAAUCACGAGCUCCUUCGAGAACGUGUGGUGAUUCUCCUGCGAAGAUGCCAUGAUUCCCAUCGUCUCCUGCAGAAAUUUGCAUUUGGGCGAGGUGAUCCAGACGACCUCCUAGCAUUGAAAAGCACCGUGUAUGCCACGCAAGAGCUCGUUGCCAGCCUGGAGCAAGACAGCGAAGCAGAGGCAUGUAUCCAGGCUAUGGUUACUCGAAUCAAUUUGGAGGGACCGAAUGAACUUGCCAAGCGUAUCAGAGAUGCGGUAGACGAGGAAGGCCUGGUUCAACAACACCGCUUAGAAGAUGGAGAAGCCGGGGAGAUGCAAGCUCUUGCACAAGCGGUGAUCAGUUCCGAAGGGUCCGCCGAGGAUUCUAACAUUCUUCCAAAAGGAACACGGAAGAAGAAAGCUUCGGGCGGUCUCAGAGACUAUUACUCCGACGACAGUGACGCCUGGAUCAUGAAGCCAGGGGCAAGCCCGGCCCUCGAGCGGCUACACGCAGAUUUUGCUGCACUUGCAAUCGACAAGACGAACCUCGGGGAAGAUCUCAAAAAACGCCUGGGAGCAGAAAGCCUUACUCUGCGUUUCACCCCUGGCAUGGGUCAUAUUUGCCACGUUAAAGGCAAAGACAUGAAGCUCGACCUCUCUACCGUCAGAAGUGUUGGCUCCAGCAAAAGCACUCGCUCUUUUCACCACCCUGAAUGGACGAAACUUGGCCAACAAAUCGAUCAAUGCAGAAUUCACAUUCGCGCAGGCGAACAGCGGGUCUUUCACCAGCUCCGAGAACAAGUAAUUCAUAACAUUAUCAAACUUCGUCGCAACGCAGCCGUGCUAGAUGAGCUAGACAUUGCCUGUUCCUUCGCCACUCUGGCGGUAGAAAAGGACUGGACACGACCGAUCUUGAAUAAGACCUGCGCACACAAGAUCGUUGGUGGGCGCCAUCCAACAGUUGAAGGUGGGUUGGAGGAAGAAGGCCGAAGCUUCAUCACCAACGACUGCUUUGUUGGAGAUGUGCAGCGGACCUGGCUUGUCUCCGGCCCGAACAUGGCUGGCAAGAGCACGUUUCUUCGGCAAAAUGCACUCAUCACGAUCCUCGCGCAAGUGGGGUCAUACGUCCCAGCCGAGUACGCAGAGAUUGGCCUUGUCGACCAGAUAUUCAGUCGCGUCGGUUCGGCGGAUAACUUGUAUAGAGACCAAUCGACGUUCAUGGUGGAGAUGUUAGAGACGGCUACGAUUCUCAAGCACGCGACUCGGCAUUCCUUUGUCAUUAUGGAUGAGAUUGGGCGAGGGACCACGCCCGAAGAUGGGACGGCUGUGGCUUUUGCGUGCUUGCAUCAUUUAUAUCAUGUCAACAAAUGUAGGACGCUGUUUGCGACGCAUUUCCACGACUUAGUGGAUAUGGUGGUGAAGGGGGACAUGGAAGGAGUGGGGUUCUAUUGCACGGAUGUUCUGGAGGAUAAAGACGGCGAUGGGUUUAUGUAUGAUCAUCGGUUGAGAGAAGGGGUCAAUACGAGGAGUCAUGCAUUGAAAGUUGCGAAGUUGGCGGGCCUGCCAGAGGAAGCUAUUGCAGUUGCAAAGAAAGUGUUGGAUGGACGUGUAAGAUCUGUGUAAGAAGAUAGUCAGCAAAAGGUCAGAUAGACGUGUAAAGUAUCUAAGAUAUCGGAAAGCGCAGUCAGGAAAAAAUUAGAGUUGUUGUUUUUGGUCUUCAAGGAGCAGGUCUCCGUUAAGGGUUAAAAAGCUUUUGAUUGAAUCAUCAUAAUUGCUUGGG